AUGCGGCAUCCCUUAUACUUACAAGCCUGCAACCACCCAGAAUGCGCGACAACACAGCAAAAGGUCCUCCAAUCUGAUCAGUACAUCGGUCUCGCACCUCGGAUCGCAUCCCAAGACUACCCUUGUCCGCAAGACCUUGAAUGCAAUUCUAUGAACCUUUCUUUCCUUCUCACCUGCCGUCUCAUCUACUAUGAAGCCCGCCGUUUACCCUAUGCCCGCACUGUAUUCUUUACCCAGGAGGUUGGAAGUUUCUCAAACUUCCCUUUUUGUCUAUGGCAUUGGCAAGUUCAAUCACUACGUUAUCUUAAAAUCCGUGUCCCACCAGAGCAAGGAAUGGACACACACCUCGCUGAGUGGAAUGAGACCUUCUCGUUGAUUAGUCUCGGUUUCCCCAAUCUAGCUGCCAUUUCUAUCCAGAUUCAUCUCCGAUUCCCGAUGCAGACGGUACGGGAUACAUUCUGGGACGGAGGGCUACUUGAGCUCUGCAACUUGAGAUGUGUUCAGGGCAUGAGGCUCUCUGUUUUCAAGUUUGACUCCACGUGGCCACCAACUGAAGACCCCGACAUCUUCUUCGCAUACUCUGCUGGCUCAUUACCCUCUUUUAUGGAAGAGACUAGCGGCAGAGAAAGACGACUUCCAGUCCGCCUAUCAUCGUUAUUGCCACCUGAUGAACACAUCUGCUUCCGCCGUGCGCGCGACAGACUCAGAGAUCAGGUUCGACAAGACGCCUCCAUCAGUGAAGAGUGGGCAUCACAUGACUCUUACCACUCUGGCCAGCUCUUCUUCCGCUUCUCUCCCAAUGCCUUCCCGCUCUAUGUCCGCCACCUGAUCCACGCCCUUCCCCGCCGGUGGCCGCAUCGAACACACGCGGAUAUCCGGCGCGAGGACCGCUUGCAUACAAAUAAAACAGAGUAUGCGUACGUCUAUCGCGAGGACCCGUCGUGCCCGGAGCUCCCUCGGCAGCCAAUUUUCGGUUUUCAAUUCAAUCCGAAUACGACACUGAAACAUAAUGACGAAUACAUUGCACGAGGACUGGCCGCAUUGCGGCUGUCGCGCGAGCGACUAUCCCGCAAGCAGCUUCUGCGUUCUUCUCCUCCUUCCUCUUCUUCUUCCGGUUUAUCUAAUUCUUGUUCUACGGGUCGGCAACGAGACGAGAAUGAUACUCGACCAUCAUUACCAUUGCCUGGAAACCAGGGGCAAGGCGAGCCUCGCUAUCCAAGAUAUGACGUUUUGUCAUCAGCUCGUCAACGCCGGGCGAGUCCAGUUGUCCCAGAGGUUCCGCAUAGUCGUAGAGAAGUGACCCCAGCAGAGAAUGAAAAACCGGGCGAUUGGAGACGGCGACUCACGGAGGAGGCGUUUGCGCCAUUUAUUGAAUCGCUUCAUAUGGCACUCUCAUAA